AGCAUCUCCCGCGUCUGAUUGGACUACAGAACAUCACUUCCGGUCUGUGCCAGAGAUCCCGGAUGCUUCAAAAACACAGCUAUCGCCUGUUUAUUUUACUGUUAUUAUACAUCUUUGCAACUUUAUCCAGAUCUACUAUGUCAGAUGAAGAACUUAUUUCAGUGGACUAUGAAAUAUUUGGCAGGGUGCAAGGUGUAUUUUUUCGUAAAUACACACAAGCAGAGGGACGAAAGCUUGGUCUCGUAGGCUGGGUCCAAAAUACAAGUGCUGGAACUGUUAAGGGACAGCUACAAGGCCCAAAAAGCAAAGUCAAAGAAAUGCAAGAAUGGCUCAGAUCUACAGGCAGCCCAAAGUCACACAUAACAAAGGCAGAAUUCAAGAAUGAAAAAACUAUUGAAUGCUUGACUCACUCCUCAUUUAACAUUACUAAGUAAUCUAAUAAUCUACAUCAAAUAUGUAUUUUGACUACUACUGACCUGAAGUAGGAUACGUUUUAUUUAUUAACAUAUGAAUUUUAAUGACUCAUUAUCACUCUAUGAAUAAACCGGAGAGAUGGUAAUGUUUGUUGGCAGAUGAUGCAAAUAAAUUUGUGCGGUGGAAAAAUAUUUGGUGUGCAUCCUUCUACUGGCUAACUUAUGACAUAAGAACA